AUGUUUGAAACUAGCCGAUUUUUGUUGUUAAUAUUUUGUUUGAUAAACUUUAUAAAUGCAGCUCCAGCUCCAGCUAUUGUUACAGUUUGGCAAACGGUUACUUCAAAUAUUAUAACACCAACAGGAUCACCAGCGACCCAAACAGCUGCUUUAGCUGCUCAACAACAAGCUGCACCAGCCACAGCAGUAGCAGCUUCAACAUCAACCGGUAGUUUUUGGAAUAAUUUAAUAAAUAGUUUGGGUUCAUCCUCAUCUUCAUCAUCAAAUGCACCAUCUACAAGCUCAGCCACAAAUUCAUUGUCAUCUUGGUUAAAGGGACUUUUAAAUAGUAAUUCAGCAUCAGCUACACCAGCUUCCUCAUCAUCAACAUCAUCAGGUGGUACUUCAUUUUGGGAUCAAUUAGAAGAUUAUUUUGCUGGAAAUUCGCAAACUCAAGUUGCAGCAACUACACCAGUCACACCAGCAUCAACAGCAGCAGCAUUACCACUUGCAAAUACUAAUACCCCAAUUUUUUCACAAGCUUUAACUUCAAUUGCAACUACUUCAUCAUUAGCACAAACCCUACCAACUUCAUCCUCAACCUCACCAUCUACUUCAUCAUAUAUAAAACCUUCAACUAGUUCACUGACUUCAUCAUCGUCAGAUGAUCUUUACGCAGCUAUAGAUCAAAGUCAAGAUGUUGAUGCUUCAUUUGCUUCUGAUAUGAUAGACCUUCACAAAAAAUAUAGAGCAAUUCAUCAAGCCGGUCCAUUAAAAUGGGAUGUUGAUCUUUACAAUUAUGCCAAAAACAAUGCUGACAACUACGACUGUUCUGGAGUUUUAACACAUACUCAUGGUCCUUAUGGUGAAAAUCUUGCUGCUGGGUUUGAAGGUGCUGAAGAUACUUUCAUGGCUUGGUACAAUGAACCUUUCGACUACAACAAUCCUGAGAAGUACUAUAAUCACUUUACCGCCUUAAUAUGGAAGUCAACACACACCAUUGGUUGUGCAAAGAAAUGGUGUGGUGAUGGGCCAAAUCAAUGGCGAAAUUACGUACGUAAUAUGAACAAUGAUAUAAAUAAUCAACUAAAAACAGAAUCAUCAAUUGAACAACCAGCAAUUGAACAACCAGCAGAAUCGUCUUCCACAGACUCAUCAUCAGAUAACAAUAAAAAACAACCAAAUGGUCGUCAAAAACGUUCAACGUUAGCUUGUAUAAGAUGUAGAACUCGUCAUAUAAGAUGUCCCGGAGGUGAUCCAUGUAAAAAAUGUCAACUCGCAAAAACAAAAUGUGAAUAUAUAGAAGCAGAUAAAAAAAUUGUGGUAUCAAUGAAAUAUUUAUCAAGAUUACAUGACGAUAUUGCGAGAUUAAAAAAAGAUAAUGCUAUGUUAAGAAAUAAUUUAAAAGAACUAGAGCAAGAAAACUCCGCAAAUGAACCAAAACAUCAUUUUUCACCAAUUAAUCAAAUACAUCCACCAGUUACUGGUUCUGGAGUCGAGGUAAUAAAUCCCUCACUUGAUAAAUAUGGUAGAUUGAUACAGUCAAGGACUGGAGAGAGAUUUUAUGUUGGUUCAUCAUCAAUGACAUUGUUUGGGUUGGAAAUUCAAAAUAUGGUACCACCAACAAAUACAAGUUUAUUACAACAAAGAGCAAGUUCUGAAAGUGGUAGUACAAAUCCCUCAACUCCAAUAAAUUCACCAAAUGAUAUACGACUGCAUGAGCCUAGAGAGAGUAAAAUUUUGGAAAAAGAAGGUAAUGCUUAUAAGAUUACCCUUACGAAAACAAAUACAAGACCUGGAUUGUCCAUGAACUUUUCAUUGCCUUCUUAUUCGUAUGCAAUGUUGUUGGUUGAUACGUUCAUAAAUUAUAAUGAUGGAUGUUUUUAUUUCUUCAAUGAAGGACUAAUUAAACAGUUUUUAACUAACUUAUAUGGUGGAAAAACUGAAGAGAAUAAAAAAAUUUUAAGAAGAAACUCACCAAUUGAUAGAAGUGUAAAUACAAAUGAAAACACAAUCAAAAAAGAUAUGGAUGACGAAACUAUUUUAGAAACUAUUUGGUUUUGUAAAAUUUUGCUUAUUUUUGCUAGUGGAGAAAUGUAUCUAGGUACAGAAUCAAACACUCAUGCCAGAAGACAAAAAAUGGAAAAUAUGAAAAGAAACAAGAGUAAAGAAAAACAUACUUUACCUGGUGCUGGUUUUUUUUAUCAAGCUUCUGAAUUAUUUACUGGAUUGUUUGCUUCUGGAGCUAUUGAUAAUAUCACAAAAGAUGGUGGUAUUGAAGUUAUGUUAUUAUAUGCUUUUUAUUUACAAGUUGCUGAUUGUACUAUUGCUUCAUAUUUUUAUUUUGGAUUAGCUUUGAGAGCAGCAUUGAUUUUAGGUUGGCAUGUAGAUGCAGAAAAGGAAAAUCUCAAUAGGUUUGAGUUGGAACAUAGAAGAAGAAUUUGGUGGACUGUUUAUAUGUAUGAGAGAAUGUUAUCAUCAAAAGCAGGUUUACCUUUGAGUUUCGCUGAUGAUUCUGUUUCUACGGAGUUACCAAUAGAUUUCAAAAUCGAUUUAACGGAUUUUCCAAAAAAUGAACAUGAUGUUAGAGGUUAUUAUAUAUUCCCUCCGGCGGAUUAUAUUAAUAAUUGUGUCACAAUAACUCAAAUUAAUGCAGUGAUUUUGUCUUCGUUGUAUACAAAACAACCAAGUUACAAUAUCUUACCAAUUGUUUCUGAUUGUGUUCAAAGAUUAGUUGCUUGGAAAAAUACAUUACCAAGGUAUCUUAGUGUUGAUUUUUCAAUUGAAGAUCCAAAAGUUUCUAGGUUGUUAGUGAAUUUAAUGACUGAAUAUUUCCAGGGGGUUAAUUUGGCUGUUAGACCGUUAUUGUUUCAUUUUGCUUCAAAAAAAUUUAGAGAAUUACAUUUCCAUCAAAAUGAUAAUAAAUAUAUUGAUUUGACGAAAUACUCCAAAAACGUGCUUAGUUUAUUAAAUUCUUCAUUUCAAGCAUCAAUAAAUACUAUAAAAAGUAUAUGGUCAUUAAUUCCUGAUAAUAUGGUUGCAUUAUUUGGUUGGAUGGAUAGAGAAUAUCUUUUUACGUCAGCAUCAACUUUAAUUUUAUUUAAUGCAUCAUUUGGAGUUCAUGAAGCAACAAAAGAUCAUUUAGAUCAUGCUUUGAUUUUGUUUACAAAAAUGAAGAAAUUAGGAAAUUAUCCAGCGGCUUUGAGAAGAGCACAACUACUCAAAUUGAUUAAAGUUUUAGACUUUAAUGGAGUUAUGAAUGAACUUCUCAAGAAACAUGAUGAUGAAUAUGUAGAACCAGAUGUUACUCAACAACCAGAAGAAAAUUUACCAAUAGCAUUACCAAACACGGAAUUAUACACAAAUGCAGAUCUUACAGGUAUUGAAGGAUUAACUUACCUCGAUGAAGAACAAAAAUUAUGGAAUGAAAUUUCAAAUGAAGCGGGUUGGUUGAAUUUUCAUACUGAUCCAACCACCACCAAUGAACUAGAUAAAAAUUUUUACUUUAAUAUGGAUACUCCAAAUGGUUACUCCGAUAUAAUUAAUAAUGAUUUAGGAUUAUAG